AUGAAGCGGCUUGAAAUAGACAGUGAGUCAGUCUUUGAAGAUUGGCUGAAGGAAGAGGAGGAGUACCUCGCAACAUUAUCGGAGGAACCACUGCAUGAGACUCUUGAGAUGGAGUAUUACACAGCUCUUUUAGAGCUGUUUACAUUACAAGCUUUGGUGGAUGAAGCUAUCCAAACUUGGACAAUCGUGACAGCAGAAACAAUUGACAGGCAAACUCACAAGACAGAGACCACCCGCCAACAUCUUGUAGAGAAGCGAGACAAUACACUCAAGACAGUUCAAAUUCUCGAGGCACAUUUGGAGACUCAACGCUGGGAGAUUGGAUGCAAGAAAUGGCAUGCCAUUGACAACCUGGAGCACCUGGUCAUAUCUUGGAUCUUCGAAUUGACGAAGAUGAAUAUGUCACACACUGGCUAUAAAAUGAGGAAGCAUAUUGGGAAGGCUCUGCAAUCACGCUUGCAGGCCAUAUGGACAGCGUUAGAGCGAUACAAUAAUGCAGCUUGUGCUCUGGAUCCACCUCGUGCUACCCUCCGAUGGGAACAGGUCAUUGAUUAUGCUUUUCUAUCAGACUUCGACCUAUUACGAGAUCCCGGCACACGCGAAGGAAUUCAAGACAUGUCCAAGAAAACCUGGGCUACACCAGCUGGACGAGCAAUGAUGGACAGAUACUUUAAGAUCAAGCAUGCUGAGGAGGAGGUCGACCGUCUCAAUAUUGAGAUUCCACGCUUACUCACGUACAUGGCUGAUGAGGAUCAGUACCUCAAAGCACAACAGAGUCACCUUGGAGAGAUCAUGCCAACCUUGGCACAUCAAAUCUGCUGUUAUCGUCUCGAAAGGGCACAUUUUUAUGACCAGCAUCACAAACGCUUCCCUCAUCUAUCAGGAAGAGCUGGUGUCAUGGUUUCCUUGUCGAUAGGGAAGGUGGCAGGAAUCAGGCCAGGAUGGAAUGGACCGACAUUGUCAGAAGCUACUGUUGCUGAUGAGACUGGUCAUGCAAUGACUGGCGGUGACUUAUAUGAUCCAGAUUGUGCUGUUGAUGGUAUUGAUGCUGAUGACGAUGAUGACCAGGAUGAUACAGAUGAUCAGGUUGAAGAGCAGCUUGUUACCCUUCUAGAUACAUUUUCACUGUGA